AACCCAACAAUUACGCUACUAUUUCAUGUAAAGUAUAUGAUUUAGAGAUACCCCAUGCCUUACUUGAUACAGAUUAUAUAUUAGCUGAUAUGCCCUUUUUUCGAGCUUGUGAGAAAAAAGAAGGCGGGACAUCUAACCCACCUUCUCGCAAACUCAAAGGCAGGGUUCAGUUAAACACCAGUCUAUCUGACUUCGAGCGAUAUAAUAGUGAAAAAGCAGGUUCAGAAAACUUAGAUAAGCUUUAUAAUGAGAGAGUAAAAAUAAGUAAAAAAAAUAUUGCAAAUAGUAAACGUAUUUUAGAAGGAAGAAAUAGCUCUGCCUUCUUGUAA